AUUUGCUAAUCCGAAUCUUCAACGCUCUCUCAAAAAUUCUCCUUCGCAAAGCCCAGAGAGAGAGAGAGAGCUCAACACUGAAAGAACUCAAAACGAUCCCAGAUUCAAAGACAGCUUUCGUUACUUCAUAAAAUGAGAAAAAUCGUAAAAGAAACAAAUACUCACACACAGAAAGAAACAAAUCCGUUUUAACUUUUUUUUUUCUUUUGAAAGAAUCGAGAGUCUCUUUGGCAGAUUCAGUUACAGAGAAGUUGAAGUUUUACGAAGCUAAGCUUUUCAUUCACUGAAGGGUAAGUGAGUUGACUCAGCGGAGGAACUCGCUGCUGGUAAAGGUAAUUUCAAAAAUGGAAUAUUUGAACCCAAGUUGAUUGUUGCAGGUCAAUUGGGGUUUUGCUUUAGACAGCAUUUUUAAAAAAAUAAAAGGAUAGUUGGUUAAGAUGGGUGAAAUUCAGUGAAAAUUACUUGGAUGACACUUGUUUGUGAAGCUGUGUGUACACAUUGAAACCUUACAAAAAGUUUGGAAAUUUUGGAGCCUCAAUCGAUUUGUUAGUGUUUGAGGAGAACCAUUGAGUUAUUGGGAUGGGCUGUCGGUGUUCGAAACUGUCUGCUUGUUGUUGGAGUUCAGAUCAGAAUGGAUCAAUUCCUGAAGCUGAUAAUGUUGAAAAUGAGGACAAGGGUGAAGUUGAUGAUUUGCCUGCAUUCCGUGAAUACUCGAUUGAAACACUCAGGAUGGCUACAUCUGGAUUUGCCGUGGAGAAUAUAGUUUCAGAACAUGGUGAGAAGGCUCCUAAUGUAGUUUACAAGGGCAAGUUGGAAAAUCAAAGGCGGAUUGCUGUUAAAAGAUUUAAUAGGUCUGCAUGGCCUGAUGCCCGGCAAUUCUUGGAAGAAGCAAGAGCUGUUGGUCAGCUUCGGAACCACAGAUUGGCAAAUUUACUUGGUUGUUGCUGCGAAGGUGAUGAGAGGUUACUUGUUGCAGAAUUUAUGCCUAAUGACACAUUGGCAAAGCACCUAUUCCAUUGGGAAGCACAACCUAUGAAAUGGGCGAUGCGACUAAGGGUUGCUUUGCAUCUUGCACAAGCUCUAGAAUACUGCACCAGCAAAGGACGUGCCCUGUACCAUGAUCUAAAUGCUUAUAGAAUUGUUUUUGACGAUGAGGGAAACCCUAGACUUUCAUGCUUUGGUCUGAUGAAGAACAGUAGAGAUGGAAAAAGUUACAGCACAAACCUCGCUUUUACUCCUCCUGAGUAUUUGAGAACAGGAAGAGUAACACCAGAAAGUGUAAUGUAUAGUUUUGGCACCCUUCUGCUUGAUCUUCUCAGUGGAAAACAUAUUCCUCCAAGUCACGCACUGGACCUUAUACGUGAUAGGAACAUUCAUAUGCUGACAGAUUCUUGUUUGGAAGGGCAAUUCUCAAAUGAUGAUGGGACUGAGUUAGUUCGUCUAGCGUCACGAUGUUUGCAAUAUGAACCCCGAGAACGGCCAAAUCCGAAGUCAUUAGUUACGGCGCUAAAUCCUCUGCAGAGGGACACUGAGGUUCCUUCUCAUGUAUUAAUGGGUAUACUUCAUGGUGCUGCUGCUGUACCUCUAUCACCACUUGGGGAAGCCUGCUUAAGAAUGGAUUUGACUGCCAUUCAUGAGGUCUUAGAGAAGCUUGGAUAUAAAGAUGAUGAAGGUGCUGCUACUGAGCUUUCAUUCCAGAUGUGGACGAACCAGAUGCAGGAAACAUUGACAUCAAAGAAAAAGGGUGAUGUUGCUUUUAGGCAUAAAGAUUUUAGAGCUGCCAUUGAAUGCUAUACUCAGUUCAUUGAUGUUGGAACCAUGGUUUCCCCAACGGUUUAUGCUCGGCGUAGUUUGUCUUACCUCAUGAGUGACAUGCCCCAAGAAGCCUUCAAUGAUGCAUCGCAAGCUCAACUAGUAUCUCCUAUUUGGCAUAUUGCAUCCUACUUGCAAGCUGCUGCUUUAUUUGCUCUAGGAAAGGAGGAUGAGGCACAAGCUGCUCUUAGGGAUUCUUCUGCGCUUGAAACUAAAAGGAACACAACUGCUUGAGAUCAAAGUUAAAAUAAGUCACUCUCACAUCAACCUGAAUCUGAACAUCCAUUGGCAAAAAUAAGCCUCUCAGUUUUCGGGCAAGAAAGAUCACAGACUUUUAACCUCAAAAGGAAGCCACAGGGUAUGAUGAACGCAUAUAAUGUUGAUUUGUCUCUGUGCAUGACUGGUUUGGUUCAUGGUUCAGCAUGAAACAUUCUUUUACAAGAUAUUUGAUGUGGGUUGGUUUUGUUCAGUUUGACAGGGGUAGUGGGACAGCUCCAUAUUAUCUACCCAUGUUUUCACUCUUCCUGACAUUUCCCAACACAAUGAACUUGGGGGAAUAAUUAGGGAACAGAUUAUAUAUUUGUAGAGAAGGGUUUAGUUGUUUAAAACUUGCAUUUUUAAAGGGUGAAUAGAAGAUGUUGUCAUGCUUGUAAUUUAUGUACAGUACCUACUGAUUAUGGCUGCUCAUCUGGAGAUGAAAUUGGCUGUUUUUGUAUGUUGUUAAUUAUUAUUAUUAUUAAUUUUUUUUGAAA